UCCGUGAAGUGAACGAUUGUGUUAGGAGAUGGUGGAUGCCAAGAGAAAGUGUAUUUCGUUUUCAAUACGCGUUGACACUCAACAGAUGCAACGUGGGUGCAUGUAUGAAGGUCGGUUUAUUCAUUCUAGACUAUUAUUAUUUGCUGUAUGGUAGUCUAUUUAGUUGAUUCUGUCCAAUCACAUGGCUGGCUGUUAUGGGUUGUUGGGCACCGACAAGCUAUCGCAGCAACAUUUCGCAAUCUCCUAAAGCAUAAUGAAAAGUAUCCUGUUGUCCGAAGUAUCCCAACAGCAAUGAAGCCCCCACGCCGACCCAACAGAUCCACGAAGUCUGCCGCUGCCUAUUUGAGACGGGGAACGGACACCGCGGAUACUUCAACGCCAACUCCAGCUGCCUCUUCAAAGGGACAAAUAUGGAAUCGCCAAGAACUGAAGCAGGUUCUAAAAGGACUCCGAAAGCAAAUGAAGAAGACUACUAGUGAUGACAUCGAUCUGGAGGAACUUCAGAGGGAUCAUGCACCUCACCGCUCAGUGCAGCAGAUUGAUUCAAUGCUGGGGACCUUAAAGCGAACCAUUACGAAGAGAGCGUUCAACCAGGCGAGGUAUCAGGUGAUGAAGGAUCGCCACCACAGGGCUCCCAUCCAGGCUUGGGCCGAGCUGAUGGAGAGGAUGGCGGGAGGCCACGAGGAGGCCAUCUCAGCAGCAUUCUCAAGGAUGCUGGUAAUAGCUGGCACAGAACCCCGGAGUCUGCGCUGCUCGGUCCCUCCACGCCCCUUGGACAGCCCAUCAACAGCCCUCAGUACAGCACCUUCUCAAACACAACCUCCUUCUCGCACAGCAGCUGUUUCAAAUCGCACGGUGUCUCGUCCUGACGUCAUCUCCAGACCUUCUCCAAGUUCUCAUGUCCCUACAGUGCCGAUGGUCCCAGUAUCCUCCUCAACAUUACCAGGUGCAACCCCUUUCCUCUCCACUGCACUACCACUUACCCAAAUGCAAAGAGUGAUUAUGCCCUUGCAAUCCGCUGUUACCCAGAAUUGUUCAGGAUCAAACCCUGCACCACAGCAUCCCUCUCAUACAGCAACUGUGUCGAAUUUCACCACCGGGCCUCUUCCCACUUCUCAUGCCCCUACAGUGGUGAUGGUACCAGUUGCCUCAUCAACAUUACCAGGUGCAACCCCAUUACCGUCUACUGCACUACAGCUUACAUCUGCUAUACACACUGCACCUCCUCCCGAAACACAACCUUCUUCUCAAGCAGCAGCUGUGUCAAAUGCCACCACUUCUGGGCCUGACAAAGGCACCGUCAUCUCCAGACCUCCAAGCUACCAGAUCCCUACAGUGGUAAUGGGCCCAGUAGCCUCAGGAGCAUUACCAGGUGCACCCCCACUCCUGUUCACUUUACCAAAGCUUACACCAGCCCCAGGAGUGAUUAUAGCACCACAAUCAGCUGGUACACAACCACAACUUUCUUCUACAGCACCUGCGUCAAAUCCUAGUGUUGCAAUGGUCCCAGUUGCCUCCUCAACAUUACCGGGUGCAAUCGCUUCCCUGCCCGCUGCACUACAGAUUCACCCAGUACCAGGUGGACUGCUUGUGCCUCCCCAACUGGCUGGAACCCACAGUGCUUCAGGACCUCCACAUGUGGUCUAUUCUUCAGUCCUACGCAGCCAAGUUCUCAACCCUGGAAGCACUGCUGAGUAUGACACUGCUGAGUAUGACACGGGUAACACUGUUGACUUUGAAAGGAUUUAUUCAUAUCUCAGCGCAGUCUCCAAGGGCGUCAGCGACUGUGAGGGCCAUCUCACAGCAAUGGAGUGUGCGGUGGUGUUGGAUCUCAUCAUGUGUCUGCCCGAAGAGCUCCCUCUGCUGGACUGUGAGGGUUUGCGCGAUCACUUUCUGGAAAUGUACUCACGACUCUACACUCCUGCAAAAACGCAAAAAAACAAGCAAGCCACACCGCAGACUGACCCAGCCACAUCGGCAACUGGCCAAGAAGCACCGCAGACUGAACCAGUCACAUCGGCAACUGGCCAAGAAGCACCGCAGACUGAACCAGUCACAUCGGCAACUGGCCAAGCCGCAUCACAGACUGAGCAAAGCGCUAAACCAACAGAACCAUCAAGUGCUGGGACGGAUAAGUCUCCUCCAGAACCGGAGGCCCCCAGAGUUAAAGAAACCUGGGAGAGUAUUGGUGUUUUGCCUCUUAAUCCUUUAAUGGUCCCACUCUCUCUGUUGGGACGAAAAGAGAAACGUUAAUGAGGAGAAAGUACUCAAUUCAGUGAGUUGAAAAGCCUUGUUUUAUAGCAGCAGUAUUCUUCGUGUUAUCAAAUACAUUGUUCUGUUAUCCAUAAUGCACUUAUGUUGACACUCUCUGUUACAGUUAAAUAUGUUAAUAUGUCUGUUUAAUUUUAAGUGUUAUAUUACUUAUAUUAAGUGAACAAUGCGCAAAGUAAUCCUGUCCUCUUGAAAAAGGUUUUGCACUGUAGUGUAUCAAAAUGCAAAUGCAAUGUUCAAUUGCUGUUAUAACUUCAAUAAAAAGCACUGAUUAUUAUAAAACGUUUAGUCUUUUCAACCAACAUGAUUUAGUCCUUCAACUGUAAGGAUAAUUAAAACAUUAGACGCUCCAGCCACUAUGAAUGAAUAUUAUGCUUGAACAUCUGGAACAAAAAAAGAGACCACUUGUAGAAACAGACAUCAUGGCAUUUCUUUGUCAUGACAGAAAUUCACACCAGACAUCUCAAUAAUAUUUCUGAUCUGAAACAGUUUUGUGAAAAAGAAUUUAAAAAUCCUGAUGACUACAUGGACUACAGGAAACAUUUGCUUGAGGUUAUUGAU